GGCUCCUCGCGCAGCUUCAGUCAGCGGUCGACUUUACAUAAAACCAGAGAAGCGUAGAGAAAACAGAGAGAACCGCGGAGCUGCGAGUUUACACUGGAAACACCCCACAGAGAUUCCCCCCACGCUGCUGGAGAACGCACACACACUACACCGGCUACAGGGAACUACAGGAAUACAUUAACGCUGCAGUCCGCCAGUUUUAAAGCCUGCUCUCGGAUAUUUCACCGCCCGCUGCGUGGAAACAUUCAACAGGUUCCUUUAAAUGUGUGACCUCAGCAUGGACCAGGUGACCCCCCUGUCUUCAGGCUACAGAUGCUUGAAGAGGCAGGUUGCCUUUGAGUUGUUUGACGACCCCAUGUCUUUAUUCUCUGGGUUUUACUCAUCUGUGGAGGAGGAGCAGGCAGCUCAGGAGGUUCCAUCAGGCCUGGAAUGUGUUCCACAAGAUCUGGGACCAUGCACCGUGCCUCUUUUGACACCCUGCAGUAAAGCCGUCAUGAGUCAGGCUUUGAAAGACAGCUUUAAUGGAUUCUCCAAAGUACAGCGCAUCUGCGGCAUCUCCAAUAAUCCAAGGAAAUGGAGCAAACAGCAUGUGCUGCAGUGGUUGCACUGGACCUCCAGCGAGUUCAGCCUUACCAAUGUAAACUUCUAUAAGUUUGAUAUGUGUGGAGAGGAGCUGUGUGACCUGGGAAAGGAAGGGUUUCUGGACCUGGCUCCAGAUUUUGUUGGCGACAUCCUUUGGGAGCAUCUGGAGCAGAUGAUGAGAGCCUGUCAGGAGAGCAGUGAAGUGAAAGCACUUUCCUGUCCUGUACUGGCUGAAUCAAAAUGGAUGAACAACAACUCCAUUGGCUUUGGACUGGAGGACACGCAGUGUGCGCUGCAGGUUUCAGACAGCAGCACUAGUCUCCUGAGGGAGCUGUUUGAGGCUUCAGACAAUUCAGCCCAUCUGAUCUCUGACCAGGACUUCUCCAUGUUCCCUAAACCUCAGCUGAGCACUGUCAAUGUCAGCUACAUCAGCCAGGAGUACCCAAACAGUAAAGCAACUCCACGACUCAAGACACCCUUCUCGUCCCAUGAGAAGGCUUCUUUGGAGAGUGUGGACAGUGUGGAUGGAGAGUGUGCCCUGCGUUCAUGGGGCAGUCAGUCCUCCCUCGCUGACACUCAGCGCGUCCCAUCUCACGACAGUUUUGAUGACGAGUACACAGCAACACCACUGAGUCUUGGCAAAGAGGGCCUGUCUUUUAAGGACUACGUCCAAGAGAGAAAUGAACCACUGGAGCAGGGCAAACCUGUCAUCCCUGCUGCUGUACUUGCUGGAUUUACUGGAAGUGGUCCUAUUCAACUGUGGCAGUUCCUCCUGGAGCUCUUGACAGAUACAACUUGCCAGGGUAUCAUCAGCUGGACAGGAGAUGGCUGGGAGUUUAAACUCACUGAUCCUGAUGAGGUUGCGCGCCGCUGGGGCCGCCGAAAGAACAAGCCUAAGAUGAACUAUGAGAAGCUGAGCCGUGGCCUACGUUACUAUUAUGACAAGAACAUCAUCCACAAAACGUCUGGGAAGCGCUACGUCUACCGCUUUGUCUGCGACCUGCAGAACCUGCUGGGCUACACUGCCGAGGAGCUGCACAGCAUGCUGGGUGUGCAGCCCGACACUGAGGACUGAACCAUACAAGCACCUCAGUGGAAGGGUGCGCGUGUGAUGGAGCAAAGUGGGGUUGAACCCACUGGUCCACUAUUACAGUCAGUCCAGGCCUUUUAAAAAGGUCUGCAUCAAGAGUGACUCAGCAAGCACUGCGGCUGCACUUGAAGCCUCUGCCCUGGCUAAAAGAGCAGAGAAUGCGACGUUUCUCUUUUUCCAGAGCCAGAUGAGGCUCUGGUCGUUUACGACUGCCGCGCUUCACAGAGGCAGGGCCACCAAAGAUGGGCCUACAAGCUUUAAUCUGCGCAGAUAUAAAUUCAUCUCACACUCUAUCCUUUGGAAGUGAUUCUCUCUUUAUAAAUGUGGAUAACUACUUUUGCUUAAAUCAGCAGAACUUGGUAUAAAAGGUACAACAUAACUGUAAUUAAGGCACUCCUUUAUACAAAGAGGAUAGUGUUGUGUUUUUCUAUGCUUUCAAUCUUUCUGUUGGCAAAGAAAGCCUGAGAUGCCUGUCUAUCUAGACAUUGUAUCCAGACUGUUGUUAUAUGGCAAGUGCCAUUGCCUUCACUUGUUUUAUAAGUGCUUUAAAAUUCAGUGCUGGUUGCACCAGCAGCCCUGCACGCCUCUGCUUUCCUUGCUGCCAGGGAAAGAGAGCCAGCACUGUGCCACAUUCAGUAUCCUGACUGCAACUCCCAGCUGCCAUUGCGGCUUACAAGCCACGCAAGUUUAGCUCUAUAUUAUGUUGCUGUCUGAUAUUUCUUAUUUUUAUGAUUGUAAGUGUCAAAAAUAAGACAUGUAAUACAUUUUUAUGAGUGUUUUGAACAGAGCUGCUGUAUCGAGGCACGUUUUGUGCCAGGGUGGUUAAUUUGCUUGUGCAGAGGCCAAGGUGACAUUCCAGUGUCAGUAUUUAAUCGUGUUAGAUUUUCUGUGCAUUAAACCUGCACUAAAGUUAACUGCAUCUCAUUAGAGAACAACACACUCCAGUAAAGAGUUGCAUAAAGGAUUCUUUGCCAGAUCUUGAGACAGGGACAGGGGGAAUGUUGGACUGUUUUUAAAUGUAAAAAAAAAAAAUUAUGUAAAUCUUAUUGAUAUGAGCUGAUCAGCUGGAUUAAGGUUUAAAUUAUUUAUCUUUUUUAUUUAUAUUUUGUAAUAUUUAUGAUACACCAAAGCCAUAAAGGCUCUCAGAGGAUCAUACACAUGUUAAUUUUUUUUUUACUUUCUUUUGGAGCUAGGUCUUUUGUGUACAGGGCAUUUUCAUGAAAGAUUGUUGUUGUUUUUUAUGUACAGUAAAGGUUUUAUUUUUAAAGUAUUUUAUGAUCUUUAGCUGCUUUUUGGGACAAAAAUAAGGAUAUGAAAUUCUAAAAAUAAGAAUGUUUAAAGGAUUUUUUUUUUGUUUUGUUGUAAAAACUGAAACGAGGUCAUAUAACUAGUUGACAUGUAUUGUGAAAGUAAUUGCUUAGACCUGUUAUAUUUCAUGUGUUUAUAAAAGCUAUUUUUCUACAUAUUUUUCUUGUUUUUCUCUCAUUUGUUGGUGUGUUGAGAUCUUUAGUUGGUUGAAUUUGUAUACAAAUGCUUUACUUAAUAAUAAAAUAAUUAAAAGGAAGCAGCAGAAUGGACUCUUUAGGUCAUAGAAAGGAAUGAAUCACCUCAUGUUUAUGUGAGAUCAGCUACUCAUUUUUUAUAUGAACUGCAACCAGAUGACAGAAACAUACAUAGUUCUUGAAAGAAAGUAACUGCCACGUAGUAUCUGUAUAUCUGUGUAGACGUCGGUGAAAGUGGGUGACGCGUAGUGCUGGACAAACACUAGCAAACCUGUGAGUCAACCUAUUAGUGUUUUUAGUAUUUGGUCUAGAAGAAAAGGAGAUUACGCUUUAAAACUACUCUAACAUCCUCUUUUUCUUUUUGAGUCAGAGCUGUAACUGUUACUGUGUUACUUGUUAUUGUGACUUCACAAUGCUUGACUAAUGGCUACAGCAUGGCUGUUCUUUGCUCAUUGUUAGUCAGACGGCUUACUAGUAAGAAUUCUGCCAGUUUAAACUCACUGUUCAUCAUUGUGAAGACAUCUCUAUCUGUAUUUGCAGUAAAAUAAAAUUUUCAAAGGAA